CGGUACGUUUCCCUUUUCAGCGGCAACAACCCGCGGCCGCAGCGCGCAGCGCCGGCCAAAAACCCCAACAGUGCCCACGCGCACUACGGGAGCCCCACGACAGGCGCAGGAUCAUCGAACUAUCAAGGUGGCGAGGGAUGAAGAUUUGCGGUCGCAGAUUGGGAGCGGGGGCUUCUAUUUUGAUCUCGUCGACUUCGACAGAGUGCGGGCUUUCCAGGUCCCGGCUGACACCACCGUAAUCCUUUUCAUGGAGGAACUCGCAAAAGAACUUGGUACCCCUGUUAAGUUUCAACGCCUCUGGUUGUGCCAGCGACGGCAAAACGGAACACGCCGCCCUAGCAGACCAUUGAAUUCCAAAGAAAAGAAACUAUCUAUCGGAAGGGUUUUUUCGGCUGAUGUGAAGCUGUUUUUGGAGGUGCUCAAUCCUUGUUCUCCACGAAAUCUAAACAGGGAAUAUCUAUUGGUGUUUUUAAAGUUCUAUGACCCAGAACAAACACAGCUGCGAUAUAUCGGAACGCUGUUUGUGAGUUGUUCAUCAAGGCCUUUAGAUAUUCUCCCAAAACUAAGAAGUUUAGCUGGUUUUUGUGCAGACGAGGAAAUAGAAUUGUAUGAGGAAAUCAAAUUCGAACCAAAUGUGAUGUGUGAAGCCUUAGACAUUCAUCAUACCUUUACAGUCAACCAGAUUGAAAAUGGUGACAUCAUCUGCUUCCAGAAAAGACCCAAGUCAUGCAACCAGCAUUUAUACCCUUCUGUUAAAUUGUUCCUCGAACAUGUUCAUAAACUGACGAAAGAAGGAAGGAAGAUAUGUGCUCUAGAAGAGGAGAUUGUUGAAUUCAGACGUCUUUCUGAUCUUAAUAUAGCGGCAAACUUGGAAUGUACUCAGUUGAGACAUGAACGAGACAAUGCAAUGCUACAGGUGGAUGAGUUUCGGGGUCAGAAUGAUUUAGUUCGCCUUCAAAUAGAAGAGGCAAAAAAAGAGUGUAACCAGUUGAGACAUGAACGAGACAAUGCAGUGCGACAGAUAGAUGCAUUACUGAAUCAGAAUACUGUGGGUCGCAUCCAAAUAGAAGAGGCAAAAAUGGAAUGUAGUCAGUUAAAGCAUGAACGAGAUAAUGCAGUUCGACAGGUGGAUGAAUUAUGGGAUAGGAACUCUCAAUUUAUUCUCGAGUUCCGCUUUACAUGUUUGGAACAAGCAACAGAGCAUUUCAAGGACCUGUGCAAGAUCGGGGACACUGAAUAUGGAUGUGUGUAUAAAGGCAUUAUAAACAACACUACGGUAGCAAUCAAGCUGUCCAAAUCCGAGAGUUUGUUUCAACAAGAGGUCUCUGUUCUUCGUCAAGGAGGGAGACAUGCAAACAUUGUCACCUUUGUUGGAAUGUGCUCUGAAGUUUCGGCUCUUGUGUACGAGUGGUUACCUAAGGGAAACCUUGAAGACCGCAUUUUGUGUGCCGAUGACACUCCACCUCUAUCAUGGCACAUCCGUACACAGAUCAUCGGUGAGGUUUGCUGUGCACUACUCUUCCUUCAUUCACACAAGCCUAAUGCCUCGGUCCACGGUGAUCUCCGGCCUUGCAACAUCCUCAUCGGUGCUGACUACAGAAGCAAGCUCUACAACUUUGGUAUGUCCACCUUAUUUCUCCAGCCUGGCAGCUGUCCACCAAACCUAACAGCAAGGCUUCCGUACACGGAUCCGGAGUUCCUCACCAUUGGGGACCUCACACCCCUUUCUGAUGUCUACUCACUGGGUGUUGUUAUCCUUCGCCUUUUGACUGGAAUGCCCCCUUUGGCUAUCGCAAAGAAAGUUAGAGAAGCAUUUCAAAGUGAUAACCUGCACUUGCUGAUAGAUAAAUCAGCCGGGGACUGGCCUUACACACAAGCCAAGCAGUUAGCACUCCUUGGCCUUAGGUGUGUAGAAAUGACGAGGGAAAAGCGGCCUCAUCUGACUGAGGUUUGGACCGUUGUUGAGGCCCUGGUCAGAAAGCCUCCUGCACCCUCAUGCCCUGCCCACUUCAUUUGUCCAAUCCUCCAGGAGAUCAUGAACGAUCCUCAAAUGGCAUCAGAUGGAUUUACCUAUGAAGCGGAAGCCAUAAGACGCUGGCUUGAUGGCGGGAGCAAUAGGUCUCCGAUGACGAACUUGGCACUUCCAAAUCGUGUUCUCAUCCCUAAUCGCGCCCUCCGUUCUUCCAUCCAGGAGUACCUUCAGGCGUCAGUAGCGAAGGCAGUCAGGUCCCUGAACCUCAAUCAUUGAUGAUGCUCUGGAUAUUAUUUGCCGCAUAGCAUCUUGUAAAUGUGGUGGCCACUUUCUGUAGUGAAUUUGCAUUUUAGGCGGAACAAGGGAAUUUGUUUGGGAAACGGGAGGCAUGAUGUGCAACUAAUUUUUCUACUCCCUCCGAAAUCAGAGGAAUAGAUUGUGGCAGAGGAAACUGAAAGAUUUAGAAGUUCAAACAGUAACAUUUGUUUGUGUGAUCACAUCAUUAACAAAAUGCAUAUUUUUUUAUUAUAUGUCA